AGCGAGCAGCUUACCAACCGCCGCGGCGGUCAACUAUCGAUAUUCGUUAUCGUCAUAGAUUCUGUAUUGUCAAUAACUAUUUACAACCAGUAGCAUUAUCUAUACCUUUUUUGAGUUAAGAUGGUUGCCCCCGAACUUCUCCAUCAACGAUUCGUGCUUCCGGAUGCAACUCCGCGUGCCUCAGAAACCACGAUAAAUAUCGCCGGUAUCUUGGUCUAUCUGUACGGAGUCAAUGAGCUUACUGCAGCACAGCGCUCGAACGUCACUGUUUUGUUUGCCUGCCAUGGCCGUACUCGCUCGCACGUGGACUCUGCGAACUUGGCUCAUCAAUUGAUUCAUAAUCUGGCGCAAAAGGGUCAUACCAAAGGGUUUGUUGUUGCGACAAUGGACAAUCGUAACCACGGUACUCGAGCAAUUGACUCGCGAUCGAUUGAAGUGUGGAAGAAUGGGAACCCAACUCAUGCUCAAGACAUGCUUUCCAUGGUCGAUGGUAUCGGCAUGGACGUUCGUACAAUCAUCAAGUAUCUCGAGUCCUAUACCGUUGGCAAUUUCGUUCCGAAGGACUUCAUCAUGUCCGGCGUCUCUCUUUCCGGCCAUGUUACCUGGAACCUCCUAGCGCAGGAGCCAAAGAUCAAUGUUGCGAUUCCGAUAGUUGGAACCACCAGUCUUACGAAUCUUUUGAUUGACAGACUUGGAGGAUACAAAUCCGUGGCUGAAGUCCCUGAUUGCCCUGAAUGGCCGAAAUCUCUCGAGAAGCUGUAUCUCGAGCGCGAUGAGCUUCUUACUUCUAUCAAGGGCAAGAGAAUCUUGAUUUUGCAUGGCGAGCAGGAUACCAUCGUUCCCGAUAAAUUUUCAAAGGAGUGGAUCGAGAAGUACGGGCCGAAUAACGACAUUGCCUACUACCACCAGGAGGAUACAGGCCACUUUGUGUCGUUCUAUUACAUGGACCUGAUGACCGACUUUUUGUACCCAGAGCUAAACUAGAUAUUAAAACUGGUAUUACUUGGAAUGUAUUAACCUCGUUGAUAUAAAAAGAAAUAUACAAGAACAACUUAAAAUGGAAUACAAAA